AUGAACGCGGAACAGAGCAAGAGUCUGCUUUCUAGCGGGCACCUUUCGGCCGAUCCAUACAUUAACAACUGCUAUUCGGAAAUGUGUAUGUCGACGACACAAGUUGCCCCACAACCAGGAAAACACAAAAUAGGAUGGGUGAUCGCAGCGAUAUUCAUCAUUGCCGAUAUGGUCGGAGGAGGAGUUGUAGCAAUGCCCGUAGCGUUUAAACUCUCCGGACUUCCAAUGGGUAUUAUUAUAAUGCUUACUGUAGCAGUUAGUUUCGAAUAUACUGGAUAUUUACUUGGAAAAGUAUGGAAUAAGAUAAUGGAAAGGAAUCCACACAUCGGAGUCUGCAGGAAACCAUUCCCAGAAAUGGCGAAAAGAACGAUGGGAACUAAUAUGCAACGGUUCACAUCAGUACUUGGUAACGUGACACAGUUCGGUGUAUCAGUUGUCUAUCUUCUGCUAUCUUCAAAUAUUAUUCACUACUUUCUAAGUCAUGUCCUUCAUAUUGAAAGUGUUUCUAAUUGUUUAGUGAUCACUGUACUUGCAUUCCUUAUUUGGCCAUUCACAUUACUUGCUAGUCCAGGAGAAUUUUGGGUGGUCAUUGUAUUCGCAAUGUUGACAACAGUCAUCGCAGUCGUCUCAAUCCAUACCGGAAUUGCUCUUGACUCCUCUGCUUGUUUCAAUGCAGUCGCUUACCCACAGACUACCAGUACUUCGACUGUUCUCUCAUUCGGAAUAUUUUUAUUCGCUUUCUCUGGACACUACGUCUUCCCAACAAUUCAACAUGAUAUGAAGAAUCCAAGAGAUUUCACAAAAUCAAUCUUCGCUGGAUUCCUUGGGGUCGUUAUUCUCUACCUUCCACUCUGUGUAUUCGCUUUUGUCGUUUAUGGAGAUUCAAUGGCUGAAUCAGUCAUCUACAGUAUCCAGAGUCCUUCUCUUCAGUUAUUGGCUAAUUUGAUGAUUGCAUUCCAUUGUAUUAUGACUCUGGUUAUAGUCAUUAAUCCAUUGAAUCAAGAAGUUGAACACUAUGCGAAGAUCUCUCAUGCAUUUGGAAUUGGAAGAGUCAUCACGAGAACGAUCGUUCUGUUUUUGGUUCUUUUCGUGGCUCUCACUGUUCCAGAUUUCCAACCGGUUAUGAAUCUUGUCGGAGCCUCCACUAUUCCAAUGGGAUGUGCCGUACUUCCAUCUCUCUUCUACUUGUAUUCUGAAGCUGCCACUGAAGAAGAAUGGAGGAAAGGAAAGAUUCCAACAUUGAAAGAAGUACUGGAAAGAACGGAUAAAACAGUUCUCAUCAUCAACUUAGUCAUCAUUUUCGGUGCAAUUCUCGGUGGAGUUCUUGGAUCGUAUCAAGGAGUUUUGAAGCUUAUCAAAGCAAAGUUCACGGAACCUUGCUAUAUUCGUCUCUUCACGGAAACUACUUACAAUUCAACAUUCCAAGUCAAAAAUGUAUGCUGCGGUAUGAAUCGUGACAUCAACGUAUUCAACGUGACCGACUUCUGCUGA